CUUCGAAACGCGAUGAUCUCAUCAGUCUUCGUUGCUUUGUCCGUCCUUUCUUUCUCAACUACACGCUCUGCUGCGAGCCACCACACUUUUUGUCCCGGUCUAUUGGAAAUGCUACACGAGUUCGCCGCACAAUUCCAUCAUGACAUCGGAUCUCGUUCCGACGCAGGUCUCGGCCUCGCAAGGUAGCUAAGCCGACUUGAUGGGCCUCAGCGGGGACGAAAUCGACUCUGCAAGCCUUCUCUUCUUCUUCCUGGGCCCGCUGGUUGCUUGAUUCAAUAAUGAGUGUUUGCGUCUCGAGUGUAGACGGGACGAACCCGCUCGCGUAAGCGAAGUCGGUGGACGAUCCGACGACCGGUGGUCCUUCUUACCUUCUCUCCUUCUCUUUUACCGUUUCAUCCGUUCAUAGUCGCCUUCAUUCCGUCUUCUUCUUUCUUCAAUGUCCGGCGCGCGAUUCGUCACGUACCUUCCCCUAGCGGUUGACUCGCUGCUCUACUGUGUCUACACCGCGCUCUUCCUACGAGCCCUGACCGUGCUCACUGCGCGGCAACGGCGCGCGCACAUGCGGACGCACCUCGCGUGUAUCAGCGCGUUGUUUCUGCUGUCGACGAUACACAUCGUGUGCGCUUACGUCUGGGCGCUGAUCGCAGACCGCGGUGCAACGGCCGUCUACUCGCUCUUCUCGCUCAAGGUGCCCACGCCGGUGUUGUUCGACCCGGGAGAUCCGAAGGCGGUCAGGACGCUCGCAGUGAUACUGCGGGUGCGGUAUCUCCUUUCCAACCAGAUCGCAGAUGCUGUAGUUAUCCACAGGUGCUACAUCAUCUGGGACCGCCGCUGGCCAGCCAUGGUCCCUCUGCUCAUCGCAUACACAGCCACUUUCGUCGGUGGUAUCUGCCACGUGCUCCCGUUGCCGGUGCGUGGCCAGCAAGCUGCCGUAGCAACCGCGGUCGCGUCAGCCUUCAUCACGAACGUCGGCGCGACCUCGCUCGCGGCAUUCCGGAUCUGGACCAUCUCCCGCCGUGCACGGGGCUUCCGUGAGGAGUCGAACCGGGUGUUCUACGCGAACAUCACUGCGAUCAUCGUCGAGAGCGGGCUAGUCUACCCCGCAGUGCUGCUUCUGACCUGCGUCCUGUUUCUCUUCCACGACACAUUCAUCGCAGUCCUCGUGGGCGUCGCAGCUGUGUACCAAGUUGUCGGCAUUGCACCGAUGCUCAUCGUCGUGCGCGUCGGGCUCGGCACCAGCACCGACAACCCCCGACCAACUGCGGGCAACCGUACCCACGUGACGACCAUCGGCAGCGCGCGGAACCGUAGUGGGGCUGCGGAUAUGCGCUUGGAGGUGAUCGUCCGGACAGAGGAAGAGGAGAUGUUUACUGAUGGCGAGCCGGUGCAAUACGUCGCGGCGUCGGAGGAGAAAAGCCGCCUGGACCUGGGCGCCGAUGCUGAGGAUGUUGGAGCUGGGAAGGGUGCGUGACCUCGGGCGUGAUCGCCGCUCUACGUGGGUUUGCGCUGGGGAACUAGGCCGCGGUUUACAUUGCAUAUUGCAUUUCAAAAUUUUAUUGGUGUAUAGGACUGUGGAUAAUACUUAUUACUGGUAGUUAUAUUCAUCCCAUGUGUCGUUUUCGUCUGUGGGAAGUGUAUUGAUAGUUUUUGUCCUAUUAUACUGACAAUGGCACAUCCGAAAGCUGAUAGCCUCAACUACCUUUUCGGCGGAGAGCCCUAUGUAAGGUUCUUGACACUGGAUAUUACAUCUGGAGCUGAAAUCCCCCACCAGUGAGCAAAAGAAUGCAACCAUAGUAGACACUACCAAAAGAUGACAAGAGUGGGAUUUGAACCCACGCCCCAUUGCUGAGAUGAGAAACCCACGUUAUGCAGGCAAGCGAUGAACACUUGAGUCACACUCCUUAGACCA